GGCGUGGCCGUGUCGACUGUCGCCACGCUGGUAUGCGUGAUAUCUGUGCCAUUACUCUACAACUAUAUGCAACAUAUGCAGUCAGUAAUGCAAAGUGAAGUAGACUUUUGCAAAUCACGGUCGAGUAACAUCUGGCGGGAAGUCACACGCACACAGGUACUAGCAAAGGUUUCGGGAGUCCGCAGGGAUCGUCGUCAAGCCGGGUAUUCUUCAGCUGGAGUGGAAGGCAGUGUCGAAUCAGCUCAUCAAGGAGUUUGUUGUGGAUGUGGAGUAUCACCUCAAGGACCACCCGGCGCACCUGGUCCUGAUGGCGAGAACGGAGCCGAUGGAGAACCAGGAGUGCCUGGACGAAACGGUCCCGAUGCACCACCCGCAACACCACCACCACAACACGAAUUCUGCUUUGACUGUCCCGAUGGACCACCAGGACCACCCGGAGCACCAGGACCUAAAGGACCACCUGGCAACCCUGGCUCCCCUGGAGCUGAUGCUGACGGAGGCAGUCGCGGCCCACCCGGUCCUCCUGGACCUCCAGGUCCUCCCGGAGCAGAUGGAGCUCCCGGAAAUCCUGGUGCUCCAGGUGCGCCCGGUAAGCUCAACGAAGUACCCGGACCUAUUGGCCCACCGGGGCCACCUGGACCUCCCGGACCACCAGGACCUGAUGGACAACCUGGAUCGAAUGGAAACCCAGGACAAGACGGACCACCGGGACCACCUGGAGACAACGGUGCACCUGGAGCACCUGGACAACCUGGAGGCCCAGGACCUGAUGGGCCGAGCGGUGAUCGUGGACCAAGUGGAGGUUGCGACCAUUGCCCACCUCCUCGAACUGCUCCUGGCUAUUAA